ACGAAGUUCGCCACUCACUCGGUCGGUCGUACCCCUAGCUUUUGUUUUUUUUUUCCUUCGUUAUAUUAUUCCCUCUUCAUCGGUUCUUCUCUGUUGUGUUCAACUCUGUUUCAAAUAGAGGCAUCGCCGUUUCUCUCUGGUUCUUAGGUGAGGACUAAGUAGGAAUGAAAACAACCAAAGGUAAAGGGGCUGCAAAGGCCUCUAGGGAAGCUUUGAAGCCUGCUGAUGACAGAAAGGUUGGAAAGAGGAAGGCAGCAGCAGCAGUUGCUGAUAGGAGCAGCAAACAAAAAGCUAAGAGGGAGAAAAAGGCCAAGAAAGAUCCCAACAAACCAAAAAGACCUCCAAGUGCUUUCUUUGUCUUCCUUGAGGAGUUCCGAAAGACUUUCAAGAAAGAAAAUCCUCAUGUGACAGCUGUAUCUGCUGUUGGGAAAGCUGGGGGAGAGAAGUGGAAAUCCAUGUCUCCUGCUGAAAAAGCACCAUACGAAGCUAAAGCUGCCAAAAAGAAGGAUGACUAUGGAAAGCUUAUGAAUGCAUACAACAAGAAGCAGGAGAGUGCAGCUGAUGCUGAUGAUGAGGAGUCAGACAGGUCCAAAUCUGAGGUAAAUGAUGAAGAUGAUGAGGCUACUGGAGAGGAAGGUGAAGAGGAGGAAGAAGAGGAUGAAGCGGAAGAGGAAGAGGAUGAUGAUGACUGAACUUUGGAUACUUUUGAUUUUGGGCAUCAUGUGAUUUAUGGAAGAGAUUUUGGAUCUUGUAGAUGCAUACUGCUAGUAGGUUAUAUAUCAUCUUGUUAAUUUGAAGCAGGAGGGAAAUCUUUUCUUUGCAGAAAAUUUACCCUGCUACCAUGAUGCCUUGUCGGUUACUUGGAUACUAUACAUAAAACCAUAUCUGACACUAGAUAAAUAUAGCAUCUAUAGUUUUUCAA